GCCAACAGUUUUUCCUUGUUAAAAUGUAAAAAGGAAAAAUUGUAUUACUGAAAAGUACAAAGGUUUCUUUAUACCUCUGCAUGAAGGUUACACUAAAUGUAAUGAGAAAGAAAGAAAAAGAGACGGAGACUCAAUGCGCUGCAGUAACCUCCCUUACCUUUCUUUAUGUAUAUUAUUAAAAAAGUCAUUCUUUAUACAGGAUGCUCCAUACCACCUCUUUUGUUUUACUUAUUGAUCAAGGACAAUGCAUCCCCGCCUACUUAUAUGAUUCUAUCCUUAGCCUUUCUUCAACUAUUGAUACCAGUAGCUUUUGAUGCCAUUGACACAAGACUGGAUAUGACAAUUGGUGCCUUAAUAGCUGUUGUGACUACAUGCCGCAUGUUUAUGUAUCUCAUUCAACGUCAGCAAGGAAAACAGAUCCAACCCUUUUAUGAAGUCUUGAGUAUUUGGAAUCAAGUCUAUCCGCUUCCCAAUCUUAAACAAGAGCCUAGUCUAGAUCAGAUCCGUCAUGAUGCCGCUCGGUUCUUAAUCAGAGCAGGUAUGUAUAUCUUGAUCUAUAUACCACUCUUUGGCUUUAUGGAUGGGUUUGUCAGAGUCUGUCAAGAACCACCUGAAUCACUGAAUACGACUGACGCCUAUCUGAGUCGAGUAUGGACUUUGGGACAUCCUUCUUUCAAGUUUUUAUUCUAUUAUUUCUGGAUAGGUAUCACACUCACACUUCAUAUUGUGAUUAUACCUCUUCUCCAUCUUGUUUUUCAUGCCAUUCAACUAAAUCUGGUGAUUUGGUUGCCUUUUCAUCACAAGUUACGUGUACGACUGCACCAUGAUCUUGCUCAGUUUGUUGCUCAGCCUCCCUUGUUCACCAAACCCUGGUUGACUCGCUCUGUACAUGAUCUCUGGUCAAGGCGAUGGCAUCAGGUCUUUCGUUCAGGAUUUCUUCAGUUAGCUUAUUCGCCUGUCAGACGAUGGUUUACCAACAAGACAAUAGGAAGAUGUGCAGGUACAAUGGCUGUCUUUAUCUGUUCUGGUCUUAUGCAUGACUAUCUGAUCUUGGCCAUGAUGGGUUAUUCUUCGCCUAAAAAAGGUGUUUGGGGACACCAGACUCUAUUUUUUACUUUACAAGGCGUAGGCACCUUAGUGUCUCUCAAAGGCCCUCGUUUGCCUACUUGGCUUGCUUGGUUAUUGACUUGGAUCUGGAUUGUCUAUACAGCUCCUAUCUUUUUAGAACCUUAUAUUCGAUUAGGCUACCAUCAUUUUGCUCAAGUACCUGGAUUUCCUAAUUUCUUAGACCCUUUGAUGGGCAAAUUAUGUCCUUUUGGUAAUAAAUAAGUCUUUAUUCAAUCAAUGUA